AUGUUAAGAGAUCUGAAUCGUGUUAAGCAAUUAGUGGAUCAGAAGGACGUGGAGCUGAAUGUGAGGGACAGAUGGGACUCGACUCCCCUGUACUACGCGUGUCUGUGCGGACACAUCAAUAUUGUCCGAUAUUUGCUUAAAUCAGGCGCCAGAUGUGAGGCCAACACGUUUGACGGCGAGCGGUGUGUCUACGGGUCGCUCACACCUGAGAUCAGGAACAUCUUGGUUAAGGACUAUGUGGUGAUCACAUCGAAGAUCAUUCAACGGAACUAUUACGACGAGUUCUUAAGGAAAUGUAUCGGAAACGGAGAUUAUUUUGAUGUGAUUUUCUCAGUGCAUAACCAAAUCUUUAAAGUCCAUCGUUCAGUGCUUUCCGUUUCGUGCGAUUAUUUCAAUGAUAUGUUUGCAAACAAAUGGAAAAAUAGGAAAAUUAUUUUGGUUGAAUUGAAUGUUAAUUGCAAAACAGGAGAUCUGAAUCGUGUUAAGCAAUUAGUGGAUCAGAAGGACGUGGAGCUGAAUGUGAGGGACAGAUGGGACUCGACUCCCCUGUACUACGCCUGUCUGUGCGGACACAUCAAUAUUGUCCGAUAUUUGCUUAAAUCAGGCGCCAGAUGUGAAGCCAAUACGUUUGACGGCGAGCGGUGUGUCUACGGGUCGCUCACACCUGAGAUCAGGAACAUCUUGGUUAAGGACUAUGUGGUGAUCACAUCAAAGAUCAUUCAACGGAACUAUUACGACGAGUUCUUAAGGAAAUGUGUCGGAAACGGGGAUUAUUUUGAUGUGAUUUUCUCAGUGCAUAACCAAAUCUUUAAAGUCCAUCGUUCAGUGCUUUCCGUUUCGUGCGAUUAUUUCAAUGAUAUGUUUGCAAACAAAUGGAAAAAUAGGAAAAUUAUUUCCAUUAAUAACUCGAAAGUGAAUCCUAUGGCAUUCAAACUACUUCUUGUCUACAUAUAUACGGGUCGUCUUGAAGUUGGUCUCAAUUUGAUAGAAGACAUUAAACUUGUUGUAAAACAAUGCAAACUCUAUCGACUGUUGAACAAAUCGAUGAUUCUGUCAAACGAGUUAAAUCGUUCGUGUACAAAACCGGGAACUAAUGUCAAUACAAUACAAGUGGAUUCAGAGACCCAUUCAUUGGACUUUAAUAUGCUUUACUUGAAGUGUAUUCCAAAUGAAUUUCACUUCUGGAUCGACGGCUCAGAACUUCCAUUCCUUAGCCGUUAUUAUUCUUCUCAUCACUUCUUUGACAUCUAUUUCAAAGUUGAGGACAAACUAUUCAAAUGCCAUAAAGCAUUCUUUUGCGGUCGAAGUGAUUAUUUUAAAGCUUUAUUAAACGACCACUUCUUUGAGGCUCAAAAUCAAAUCAAUGGCAUUCAAGUGUUUGAAUUGCAUGACAUUAGUCUCAACACAUUUACAGCCAUAGUCUCUUACAUUUAUCAAGAUUGUGUUCAGUUGAACGAUUCGGAGACAGCAUUUGAAGUGAUGGUUAUGUCUGACUUGUAUUUAUUGCCCGGUUUGAAGAAACAAUGCGCUAAUUAUAUCGGACAACAUCUGACCGCUAGUAAUAUUAUAUCCGUUUUAUUGACCUCUCGUUUAAUGCAAUUGACAAAACUUGAAGGCAUUUGCACUGAAUUUAUGGCACAGAAUCUGGAAAAAAUAAUAGAGAGCAAAGAAUUCACACAAUUAAUUAUAGCCGACGCAAAGGAGGUGAAGGAAAGACAAGAAACCGAUUCAAUAGAUAUAAUCGAUGACAUCCGAUAUCACAUCACGAGUAAUGUGCAGACAUUCUCAGCCAUGUCUGAAGCCAAUGAUAGGUUGCAAAUGAUUGACAAUUUGCUGGAAACCCUCGGUUUAGACGCUUAACACAAUUAGAGCUGCAUUUAUA